GGUCGAAACCACGGAUCCACGCUCUGAUUUUUGGCUUGAGUUCAUAUGAGUCUAGCUAGUUAGCCUGCCAUAGCUUCACCAUAGGCUUCACUUAGCUAAUUAUUAUACUGCACUGAGUGUGAGUUUAAGAGGACUAUUACUAACUGAAAAGAACCUCAAGACUCUGAGCAGGACAGAAAAAACUCGGUUAUUUAAUACCUGGCACAAGAUACCAAGUCCAAGAGCCCACCCAAGAAACUCUAAUUCUACAAUAAAAAAUCUUUACCAAGACCGAAAAUUAUUUUCUUAGACUUAAAUAGACUGUACUGGUAUGUCGUCGAUAGGGAAGAGUGUUUUCAUCGCUCCCAACAAAUCAUGUGUAUAGACUCAGCGUUCCAUCAGGAGCCACUUGACAUCAUGUCCACAGAUGACUCUGAUGCUGUUCCACCUUCCUCUAGUAGCCUCUCUAGCACUGUCGAUACAUCCCCAAACACCUCCUAUACUCUAUUAACUACUAUGAAAUCCAACGAAUCAAAAACUGAUGUGAAUGACGAACAAGUUCCCGAAAGCAAUGUUGAUGUAGAUGUUGUUCGAAAAGUAACUUCUCAAAGUUCUAUAUCGAGUUUGUUGGAUGAUUUAAAACAGACACGGUUUGAGGUGACUUCAGUCGAUGCCCUCUCCCUGGAAGGGGAGUUGGGAGAAAAAAGAGAACAUGCCAACAGUGAAUUUGAGAUCAUGAGUGUUGUAACUGAUCUGGACAGUUCUGUAAAUCCAAGAAACCCAACCUCAAUAGACGGAUCACUUCGAGUCGCCUCCAAAACCGAAUCUGGAUCUGAGGAAGACACUACUAGCCUUUCUGAAGCAAGUCGAGUUGAUGCUAUGACAACCACUGUCAAGGAAAAUACUAUUCCGGAAACUCAGACCACAGACAGUGUUGGUAAUGGCGAAAGUAUUCAACCGAUACCAAGCAGAUUCAAACGAGUCAAUAUAUAUGUGAGAGACAGGUGGACUGUCAGGGAUAUGGCACCCCCAGAAGAAAAAGACCCCCAAAAUUCCCAAAACGGUUCAACAAACAGCUUUUUUUCUCCUCCUGUUUCACGAAAAGACUUUUCUUCUGAUACCACCAUGUAUAGUGGCAGUGUCAGUGAGCUGGGUGCUCUUUCAAGUGGAUCGGGGAUGCUAACUGAUGUGAGCUCAGAGAAGGAUGGAGCUGGAAGUGUCAUCGACAGGAGCUCUACAGCAGCUGAAAGCACACUCUCUCGGAAGUCAAGUCUCUCCUCCAUAAUCCCUGAUGAGAAUUUUGACACAGAGUCUGUGGCUAGUGCAAGUGGAAGCACGGCUGGAAGAGACAGAGACACACCCGAAAUAGCCCAUGGGUUACAGCAACAGGGCCACACUCCACAGUUAUCGGUGCUUACACAUCUUCCACCUGUUUCGAUGCCCUCAACGUCUGUCUCCAGCUCUGGUGGUCCCGUGUCUACAACGCUGGUGAGGGAAGAGUCUACUGCCAUGGCCCACGGCCCCACCUGCUCCUGUGAGAGCUGUUCCGGGUCAAGGGAGAGGGAGGCAGUUGCUGUAAAGCCUGUCCAGGAGUCUCAACUGCUAAAAGGCCCGGACUCUGUCAAGCAUGCAAUGUCACAUCUUCAGAUUGAGCUCGAGCAGCUGCUCAAGACAAACGUUUUUGUAGAUAAACAAAAUGUCGGCUUGCUUGAAGAAAACAAACAGCUCCAGGACCGUAACCAAAAACUCAAAGAAGAUAAUGAAAAAUUGAAGAGUGAUCUAGAGAUGCUGAGAAAGGAUAUGGGCGUCGGCGGCAGCCAAAAGCUCAGAGAAGAGAAUCAAAAACUGAAAAAUGAACUAGACAAGCAUAGAAAAGCACUAGCUAUAUUUGUGGACGAUAGCAAUAGCAAUUUGAGUGUGAACACAAGUCCUCCCGAAGACACUUCAUAGCACACCUUAGUCUGUGAACCUCAAAGUUGAUUUAUGUUAUUGCAUGCAUGCAUGGCUCUGAUGAUGCUAGCUAGUUUUUAUUGAGCGAUGUUUAGUGUACAUUUUGUGCUCGCUAAUUUAUAUAAACUCCGUACAUGUAUUAUGUUUUAACAAUAAUUAGUUUUUGUGUGUCAUUAAUUUGACCUAUUAUAAUUAUGCCGUAUACGUAUGUUUGAUUUGA